UGAUCUUACCGUAUUAAUUGUUUGAAUACGAUCCAGUGUAAAAUUAUUAGUAUAGAUUUUGUUUUUAAAGUGCUUCAUCAAGGAGUCUCUCUGGUUGUCAUCUUAUGAAAAUGAAAACUGUACUCCAAAGAACAAUGGUUUUAAUAAUAUUAUGUUAUGUUAUUCAAGAACAUACCACAACUGCUGUAACUGAUACCGAUUGUAAAGGUGGAGGAAUUUUCGAAAAGUCUCUAAGAGUUCAUCAACUGCUGAAGCAAGUACACACUGAUGGUGAUGUAGUUGCUAGAACAUUUUACACGGAAUAUGUUAACAAAAAUGAUAAAAGCAAAGAAUUGGAACAGAAAAUAUUUGAUUCUUUAAAAUUUGAAUUUGAUGUCGCAUCUUGUAUAUUUAAGGGGGUUGCAACAGUUGGAGGAAUAGAAAAUGCUGUAAUAUAUGUUCAUACGACAAAAUAUGUAUUCAUGUCUCUUCGGUAUACUCUAGAUUUAUUCUCAAAAAUGAAUGGCUUAGGGAAAAUGGAGAAGGAUUUAUCCCUUUUUGCGACAGUUUUAAAUUCUGUCCUUUUAUACGGAAAGAAAGAUCCAAAACAUUCUGAAACAUAUUCAGGCGAAACAUUUAUGUGCGGAGAUUUAAAAAAACUUCCCGUCAAAGAACAUGUUGUUUUCCAUACGUUUAUGCCAUCAUCGGAAAAGAGAGAAAUAGCUAUUCAAUAUGCUGUAAAAAAGGGUCAUACUUCAUGCGUGUAUAUUUUUAAAAAUGAUCAGCAUUCUUCAAAAUACAGUCCAAGAUCUAUCUCCGCAUUGUCUUAUGAUCCUAAGGAUAAGGAAGUUGUAUUUCCUAUCGGUGCUACUUUUCAGAAGAUUGAAUGUACAUCAGCAGACACACAACCAUUCAAUAGUGUAACACAUUCCGGAAUUGUGUGCUUGGAUUUAAUUUCAGAUAAAAACAGAAAAGAAUUAAUGUCUAAACAAUAUAAACCAGCUGAAAUCUCCACAGAACAAAACAAUUGUAUUCAGUCAGAUAAACCAUAACCACGACAUUUUGACUUUGGCAGAUAUAGACAUAACCCCUUUAGCAUUAAAUACAGCGGGCAUAUAAAAGACAGUUGCAGACCAGAUCUCUGGAGAAUUUUACAAUCGACAAAAAAAAGCAAAUUAAACUAUACAUCUAUCCUCACUAGUGAAAUAAUCUUAGUUUUAAACGGUCAUUUUAAAAUUGACCUCAUCUGAAUAGUCUCAGUAUUAAAAUGUUUAGUCUUGUUAUAUAUAUAAUACUCCCAAACGUGUCCGAUUCCCCAAAACGUGUGUUAUCUCCCCAAACGUGUCCUUAAUAUUCAAUAUUGCCCAAACGUGUCCGCUCUCAUAACCCCCAAACGUGUCCGAUAAUUGUUUUUCUCCAAAACGUGUCCACUAUUAAAAGCCAGAACGUCUCACGUAUUUUCGCGCUUAUACAUGAAUGUCCUAAAAGAAAUCAAUAACGUUAACGGCAAUUCUAUAAUGGGGACACAGUUGAUAAAGUGGUUAUUCAUUGUUAUUAAUUUGUUCAAUGCCGGUUGUUAACGAUUAUCAUAAUUACAAAUUUAACCUGUAACAUAUGAAUUAGCUUUUGACUGAAAUUGCUUAUUGUCCAGUUGCAAGUAUUUCAAGCAAGUACAAACAAAUAAUUCUAGUACAGUUGAAUUAAUCGUUUAUUAUGUACUCCGAUGAUGCCUUUUAUAUCAAUCCGAAUAUUGCACGGCGGGUUUUAUCAAAAUUUACCUUUCUUUUUUUUUUAACAGUUUUGAUAUUUUAAAAGCUCUUCAAAUCAUAAACUGUUUUUCAGGUUUCGAGCAUCAAGAGACAUAGCGUCCAUGGCCAUUGCCAAAUAUUUCAUGCAUUAUUUGAACGACAUCAUGUUAACAAUAAAUACUGUACAUACGUUUUAUUAUCAUACCGGGAAUUUAGGAUUGGACCUAAAUUUUUACGGUUAUUCGGGAUGAAUACUAGUUGAGAUAUUAAUCUAAAAAUUUAAGAGCGAGUAAACACCGAUUUUAUAUGACUUCAGUACGAUUUACCUCAAUCUCGCUUUUAUGUAAAAGAGGCCGUUUUAAAUAUUUACUGCCACUAGAAAAAAAAUAAAAGGGAAAAAAUGUUGCCUUCCAAAAUACAACUAGUGGCACUAUGAAAGAGUUGUUAAAACAAAUUUAAUCUGCAGAGAAAGAGACAUUCUCCCUACACGAGGACCACAAUUUAAUUGAGCACGGCUGCUUACAUUUACACCCGACAUAGCCGAACAGACGCCCACUUUAACCGAGGUUAUACUGCUGGUUAAAAAAAAUACCUAAACUACUUUAUUUCUAUUUUAUAAUGAAAUAUUAAAAUGAGUAUACGUUAAUGAAAAAGCAAUAACCAAAUCACCAACGUAUUUAUAUUAUGGACACGAAUGAUAGUUUCAUUAAAAAGAGAAAAAAAGCUUGAUAUGGAUACGUUUGGGAGAUUGGACACAUUUUGGUGUUUAUUGAAAAAUGGACACGUUUGGGCGUUAGUAAUGAAAGCUUGGUGCCCUUUUACAACUAAAUAUGUUUUGCAGUUCAGUGACGUCGAUGUAGACACGUUUGGGGGAAUAGGACACGCUUGAGGGGAAGGACACGUUUCUGAGUGUUACAUAUAUUUAGAUUGUUGUAAAUUCAGUACUGCUCAGAAAUUUGGAUUGCACUGAAGCCAGUUCUGUUCAGCAGGCAAAAGAAAUUGUAUUGUUUUAUAAUUCCCUCCCUUUUAUCAUGUUAAUUUCAAGCAAUCCAUCCUAAGGUAUAACUAAAAAAUUCUAAUGCAACAUUAUUUGUAGCGUUCAUUUUGAUUGGAUAACGUCAUAAAUUCUCAUGGCAUCAAAUCACAAUUGAUGCUAUGAAAAUGUACACGAAAGCGCAGACGACGUAUUACAGAUUUUAAAUGUAUGAUUUGACGUUGUUUUCUGUCAGUUUCAUUAGAAUGGAGAUAAAAAUAUUGCAUUUAAAGCUCCGAUUGCAUCAGUUGGUGAUUUGAUGGUCGCAAAUACCCGUUUACUAGCUCCGCUAAGGCGUCGACAGUAAACUUAAUUUUCGAUCAUAAAAUCACCAAUUGAUGCCGUCGGAGCUUAAAAUACAAUGCAGUUAUCUCCUUGUCUAUCCCGCCUGUACAAUUGUACAAGCUUUAAUGAUAAAAAGAGAUUAUUUUUAUCAUUGUUUAUCGUUAUACAUGUUAUACAUAUAAUCAACCGUAGACUUAAUGAGCUCAUUUAUUUGUGUCAAUUGUCAUUCAUUAUGUACCAAAAGAACAGGAUUUAAAUGCUGUCACAUGAUAUGCUUACAAAUUUUGAAAUACGGACACCUUAUAUUGAUGCCAUUCAAAACUUUAUAAUUUCUUCACUGUUAGAUGUAACAAUCCAUUCCGAGAUACAAACAGUACUGAAUUAUCAGGCCAGUACAAGAAUAUUAUAAAAAAAAAAAAAAAUAUUGUCACUUUUUAUCAUGUUAAUGUAAAAAAAUCCAUCCUUAGUAUAAAUAGAGAAUUGUAAUGCAACAUUAUUUGUAACGUUCAUUUUGAUUGGAUAACGUCACAAAUUCUAAUGGCAUCAAUUCACAAUUGAUGCUAUGAAAAUGUACACGCAAGCGCAGAAGAUAUAUUACAGAUUUUGAAUGCAUAAUUUGACGUUGUUUUCUGUCAGUGUCAUUAGAAUGGAGAUAAAAAAUAUUGUAAGCUCCAACCGCAUUAAUUGGUAAUUUGAUGGUCGCAAAAUUAUUAAAAAAAGAAAUAUUGUCACUUUUUAUUGUUAUCGACAUGAAUAUUAGUAACUGUAGACUUAGAGAGCUCUCCAUUUGUGUAAAACUACGGAACAAAAAGAACAUGUUUUUAAUGCCAUUGUAUAAUAUUCUAACAAAAUGUAAAAAAAAUGGCACUUUCUUUUAUCAACAACAAAUUUUGCAAUUGUAAAACACAAAUUUCUUUAUUUCUAUGUUUAAAAAUCCAUCCUGAGGUAUAAAAAGUAAUCAUCAUCAGGCAAGUACAAGAACAUUCAGAAACAAAAUAAAUAUUGACGUAGACUUAUAGAGCUCUCAAUUUAUGUAAAACUAUUCAUCCUAAGGGACUAAAAGAACAGAGUUUUAAUGCCGUUAUAUAAUAUUCUUACAAGAUGGAAAAUGUUGGCACCCUUUUAAACUUAAAUUUUUUUACUGUUAUGUCUAACAAUCCGUCCUGAGGUAUAAAAAGUAUUCAUUUAUCAGGCAAGUACAAGAAUAUUAAGAAAAACAAUAAUAUUAUCACUUUUUAUUUUUAUUGACAUACAUAUUAAAAUAUUAUUAUUAACUGUA